CGAUCCCCGGCCGGCCACCUACCACCGGUCAGCCCCAUCAAUCUCUGAGGCAGCGUCAGCCAUCACGCCUCCCUCAUCGAUCUCCCCGCCGCCGCCGCUGCUAAUACCAGAUAAUGGAGGCCGGCGCCGCCGCUGCUGCCACUGCCAUCUACCCUCUGCACCGAUGCAAAACCAUACACCUGGUGAGGCAUGCCCAAGGUGUCCACAACGUGGAAGGCGACACGGAUCACAGCGCCUACAUGAAACCCGACUUCUUCGACGCGAGCAUCACUCCCUUGGGCUGGAACCAGGUUGACCUCCUGCGAGAGCAUGUGAAGGAAUCUGGGCUUGCAGAAAAGAUUGAGCUGGUUAUUUGUUCUCCUUUGUCGAGGACCAUGCAGACUGCAGUGGGAGUUUUUGGUGGCGAAAGCUGCAGUAAUGGUGUGAGUGUGCCUCCACUGAUGGUGGAGAAUGCUGGACGUCCGGCAGUUUCAAGUUUGAACUGCCCACCAUUUCUUGCUGUUGAGGCCUGCAGGGAGCGCUUGGGUGUCCAUCCUUGUGACAAGAGGAGGAGCAUCACAGAGUACCGUGCUCUCUUCCCUGCCAUUGAUUUUUCGCUGAUAGAGAGUGACGAAGAUGUUCUCUGGGUACCAGAUGUCAGAGAAACCUUUGAGUCACUCGCAGAAAGGGGUAUGAAGUUCAUUGACUGGCUAUGGACAAGAGAAGAGAGAGAGAUAGCCAUCGUCACCCAUAGCGGUUUAUUAAGCCAUACCUUGCGCAUGUACAGCAAAGAGUGCCAUCCAACAGUAGCACAAGAAGUGAGCAAGUACUUUGCAAACUGCGAGCUCCGGUCCUUGGUACUGGUUGACAGGAGUAUGCUUGGUUCAGAUGGCCCCAGUUACAACAACUACCCUGGCAAAAUGAAAAUCCCAGCCGGACUUGAUCUGCCCAGCGAUGACAAGAAGCAACCUCUUCAGAACCAGAGCGGCUGAGCAGGCCUGUCUUGGGGCUUGUUUGGUGUUCACCACCACUGAUUCCUUUUCUUUUGUCAUCCUAUUUUGAAACUUCCCUAGCUGCAGU